AUGGCCUCAUACUAUCAAAAGAAUAAUACACGAAUGUCAUUUCCAAUGUAUUUUGGAGGAAAUACAAAAUUUGGUGAUGGUGCAUCUACUCCAUUGCAGAUGAUUAAUUUAUAUGUUGAACAACAAGUAAAUGCAACUUUUCCACUCCUUCAUCAAGUAGCAACAACAAUGACAUUUACAAAUACACACAAUCGACGAUUAGAAGGUGCACUGGAAUUUACAUUACCACAAACAGCUACAAUAUGUGGAUUUGGUCUUGAUGUUGAUGGUCGAAUUGUUGAUGGUGUUGUUGU